GUCGUCGCGUGGCUGAGUUGGAGAUGUGUGCUAAUGUGUAAGGUUAGUACUUUUUGAUUUGCAUUUUUUCAAGCCGUUUGCUUAGUUUUUUUUUUUUAAUAUUUGCUUAUCCUAGCUCCGACACCUCGACGUAACGCGACGCGGGAAAAAUAGAUCAGGCGACUAGAUAUUUAAAGUAAGAAGUUCGUUACACAACUUAUACAUUUGCAAAGUGUCACCACCGGACACACGUCAAAGCUUAUUAGCCGCAUAUGGAAUACAAAUUGUAAGUCUAUUUGCCUGUCAUCGCUUCCACCGAAAAAUAUUUGUGUAGUAACCUUUUUUUGUAAUAUUAAUUGAAUUUUCAGUUGACUUCUACUACUACAAGUGCAAAAUAAAUUACUCGACAAUCAUUCAGUGGUGAAAUCUUCAACUUAAGGUAGCCUUUCAAUCACAGGAACGAAACCCUUUUUAAAUGUUAACAAUCACCUCCUAACGCAAACAGGGAGACCGUUCUGUAAAGUUUUGUUUGCGUCAAAUACACGUAUAAACAAAAAAAUGUAUAAGGUGUAAUCAAUAACAACAACAAAGACGACUUAAAACAACAAAUCUUCCUUCUUCUCCUCCCCUUCCUUCUUCGUCCCGUCCUUGUUUGCUUUUCUUACUGUUUGUUCCUCUUUUUUGCAGUUACUUCAGAGAUUUCGCCUCGAGUAUCACCAUGAGCCAGUAGAAUUGCGUCAAAAGUUUUUCUCCGUCCCAGACAAACCGGUUAAGAUUAAGUUUGUCGACCGUUCUUGAAUGUCAGCUCGGCUUCUAUGUUUUGCUGUCAGGCAUGUGUUAUCGCACAUGGAGAAACGCGUUAAGGGCAGUUUCCAGUAACUUCUAGCAACACAAGUGAUAUUGAUUAAUCAUUUGCUAGUAAUUUUGAUCAGCUAGAGCAAAAAAGCCAGCAUAAAAAAUUAUAAUACCAAUGAACGAAUUUUAUUUACACGUACUUCCUGUGGAAAUUUUACAGCGCUUUCGCAAUAACAGGCGGCGAGUCCAAACGAUGGUCUUUUUUUGCUCAUUUUGCAAGUCUGUUUCUGUCUCUCCACGUGCUAUUCGAUGUAAAAUGUACAUUGAAUGUUUCUUUAAGCGUAAAUUGUGCUGUUUUAGUUACUGAGCAAGACACAUACUUUCAAAUAGAGGAAAACGUUAACUGUUCCCUGUAAUUUCAUCGCUUAGGCUUUUAUUAGGCACCAUGUUUUAUUUCCUCCAUAAGACAACAUCUUUGCGUAUUUUUAACGAUACUUUUCCUUCUCAUAAUGUACCGGAAAAGUUGGUAAAAGUCUAAAUAAAAAAUUUGUAAUAGGCUAGACGAUGGACUGAUGUGACAAGUCCACCCGAAGUAUGGAUUCUCCCAAGUACUUUGUUUUGUUAUUGUCUUUUUUUUUUAGUAACUGUUCUGAACCAGUCCCCUUUUAUUUAGCAAGUAUUCAUUGAUCCUUAGACAAAUUCUGGCAAAGUAUGUUGUCGGUCCCUUGUAGCCGGCAUCAAGGCAGACAGUUCAAAUCGUUUUUUAAUCUUAUAUUAUAACAAAAAACGUUAAAGCAGUAUCAAAAUCUGGAAAAUUUAAUUGUAACUUAUGUUACGUCAAAAGGAUGAUAGUGUUUUUUUUUACACUACAUAGAUAAAACUAAAAGUAAACUAAACUAAACGUCAAGAUUGCCGCAAUUUUGAAUAAGGUCAUAGGUAUUAGUGUAUUGGUUCGUAAUGUGGAAUCCAUGCCACCUUUACAACAGUGAAAUGGCACUGCUUGGUUUUCCAAAGGAAGCUCUCCAUAUGAAGAUCUCCAGAUUUUAAAACAAAAGAAGAAAAAUGCAAACACCAGAAGGCGAAAUCCCAAGGAGGCAUCAUGAUAGCUCGCGCGUAUAUGUAGAAAAGUACUUACAGCUGAAAUAUACAGUCAGUAUACCAGAAAACAUCUUGAUUUCCUUAAUCAGAGGCCGCAUGGAAUCGUUGGGUAAUGGUGACGUUUCUAUUCACGCCCGCAAGUGAGAGAUGGUUGGGAUGAUGUAAAACAGAAAACCCCCAAAGGGACUGCUUUAAGUUGAUUUUGUGGCACUUAUUUUUCAGUCAUACUUCGAUACUCUUUAGCGUUACGUGUUAUCAAUUUUGAAAGCUAUGGACCAAAAAGACACCUGUUAGGCGCACAAGAAGUUUUGAGGUGGAGAGUUUGCCAGACAGGAGUUUAUCAUUCACAAAUCUUUGACUGGAAACAAUUUGUCAGACACACUUUCUCUCCACAAACAAGCCAGAAGAGUGAAUAAAUGGCUAACUUAUCACUGGCAGAACGAUGGACGAUUACAUAAAUUCGCCGACAAACUGUGCUGACGUAUUGUCUACUCACAGAUGUCCUUGUAUAGAUUUUUUUAAAAGUAUUUUCUCAAUAGUUCAAAAAAGGACUGGAAAACUUGAGCGUGAAUUGAUCAAAUCUUUUUAAUUUUAAGGUUUACUUUCCAGCUAAUAAAAUGAAUUGUAUGUAAAAAGUAACAGAGAAAUAGGGAAAAAUUCCAACUUCUAAUUUAUUUAGAUCUUUUCUUAGGGUUUAAUAGAAUUAAUAAAAUAUUAUCGAAACUGAGAAUGUUUUGAUCAAAGCUUCGAAAAGCUGUGUCCAUGGAACUUUGUGUUUUUAUAUCUUUACCUCACCCUAGGAAUUAAAAAUGGCAGCUUCUUGGCAUCUUAGUGUUUUUAACCUCUACUGAUGUGAGUUCGGUCGUUGCUAGACGUCUUGCUAGUCGACCUUACAGUCAAACCAGGUCAAGCGUUCCCGUCGCUAACGAACUAAUGAAUUCAUUCACGGAAAAAUGAUUUCGUUUGUUGAUUCAAUAAUCCAUUCAUAAAAUGAACAAUCCGAUAGUCAUAUUUAGCCUCGAUUCCAUAAUCGAAUGUUGAUUCGAUUACUGUUUUUUGAAAAAUUACACUUUCCACAAGUUGACCUCAGAAUUUUGUUUUUUCCUCUUUUUUUUCUGAGAGUCGAGGGCUGGCGAGUUCUGAAGUUCAAACCCAAACAAACUGUUACAUGUACGCCAGUUUGCUGCCAGUAAUCAGUGCAACAGACCUAGGCCUGACCUCUUAGAAAACACGACGGUCAAACUGAGGUCAGUGUAUGUGCGGUGAUUGGUGGAUUUCGAUCCUCGGCCUUUGUCAGUUUCUUUGCGUUUGCGGUCUGUCUAUUCUAGCUGUUAUUUUGAUUAAAGGCAAUUAAAACGCAAUCGUAAACGGCAGGAAAAGGGAAGCAAAUACGAUUGAACACAACAGACAAGAAUAAAGAACAGGUAGAUUUUGUUCAUAAACCAAAUCAACAUUUGAUUAUUGAAUCGAGGUACAAUUUGACUGUUGGAUUAUUCAUUUUAUGAAUGGAUUAUUGAAUCAACAAACGAAAUCAUUUUCCCAUUAAUGAAUUCAUUAGUUUGUUAGCGACGGGAACGCUUGACCUGGUUUGACUGUAAUUGUGGUAAAAUAUUACAACAUCCUCUUGCGUCAUUUAUUUUAUGACAGGAAACAAGAUAAGUACUUCAUAUAUGACUUACCCAAGUCAAUUGAAUGACCGCACGCAAGGUUUUUGUAGGCUCAACGCAUUCAGUGAGUCCUCUCUCAGAGUUAAGAAAAUCAAUUCCCAGCAAAGUGCUUCGAUCGUAAACUGUCCUGCGACAUCCCACCACAUUCUAAUCUAAAUGUUGUCGCCAAGCAGCAUCGCUUUCCGCAGGAAUCUCCUCGAUUUUACAAAACCAUUUCAUAAACCUUUUUUAACGCUCUUCUGGAGGUCACAGAGAACAGAGGCGAAGCAGAAAGAAAGCCCAGAAACGUUCGAUGGAGUGCGAUCUUUUGACGAAAUUCCAGAACCUAAUCGCUGGAAGUUCAUGUACGAUCUUUGUACAAAGACCGGGGACUUUGCCAAAGCUUACAAACUAACUGAGCGCUUGUUCCACGAGCUUGGCCCCCUUUACAAAGAAAAUUUGAUGCUUUGGCCGAUCGCGGCUGUGCACGUUCAAGACCUAGACGAUUUUGAGAAGGUUUUUAGGGCAGAAGGAAAAUAUCCGCGUAGGCUGAUCUUCGAUUUUUUAGUCGAGCACCGCAAACGAGGGAAUCAUUUCCCAGGCAUAACUCAAGUGUAAGUAAACAAAUCAUUGAUUGCUUGUAAACAGGUAUAAUUCGGAUUUAGAAUAAUUGUACCAGUUAGUGUUAGUGCAAGUUCGCAACAGCGCCGCAUUGACUCCAAGAUCAAGGACCUGAAAGAAAGACUAUGAAAUCAAUCCGUUCUUUAGUAACCGGCCUUUCUGUCUAGUUCUGUUCUGGUUUGAGAAGUCAUGUUGUGUAAUCAUUAUCAAUCUAAAAUUUAAUUCAGCGAACAACCACCUUUAGUCAGCUUUAGUGGAAUCAUUGAGGCGGAAACGGCUUUGACAGCUCUUUCCCCUCUGUGAUUAGCUUUUCGUUAUUUUACAGUAUGAAGUUUGAUUGUUUGGUUGUCGUUGUUGUUGUUGUUGUUGUUGUUGUUGUUUUUGCUUCAUUUUCAUUGGACGGAUAGAGGAUAAUUUUUAGGUCGAUCUCAUGCAAACCUCCUCAUCAUAGCGUGACGAGGCAGACAGUUACCGACUACAUUAUUUGAAGAUCACGUUACGAGUGUUUAGAGAGUCGGUGUCGCGUUACAAGCAACCGUUCGUAUGAGAAAUAAAAUACUAUAAAAGUCUCAACGGUUAAUUGCAACGCGACACCGACUCUCUUGUGAGAAAGUUAAUUUACAUAACAGACUCGUAACGUGAGCUUGGGACGCCUGUGUUUAAAACUGCAUUAUUGAAAAAUCCUGGUUAAGAGUUUUCGGUCCAUGGGGAGUUUUGGCUCGUCACGCUAUCCUUCCUGAAUUGUUAUUUAAACGCUCACGCAAAAUACGUAAUCAUACAUGUUCGACUUCGAAAUUUAUUUGCACGUGUAUCAAAAGAGGAUCGAAAUUCUGGCGAAUGCAAUUUGAGCAUUUUGAAAAACUCACGAGUGCAAAUAAACUCCAAAAUGAAAGAGAAAAGUCUUACCCUUAAUAGUAUAAAUGAUAAACUUUACCUGCCUGGCUUCGCUCGCAGCCGGCAAGACGUAGUUGUUUGACUUUACCAUCAAAACUUGCUUUGAGGAGCUGAAUUAUCUGUCCCUAAUUACAGAAAUGGUAUAUCCUUUCACUUUUAAAUACCUGUCCGAAGCUGUCAUCGUAACUUUGAAACUCUCGGGCUCGUAGUUGGUGCAGAAGUACUGGAGCGGUUUGUUGAGGGCUGCAGACUCGUGACUCUGAUCUCAGUUUGCUCGGAAACUCCUUCCUCUUUUCUUGAUUUUUUCCACACGUCAACUGAAAAUAAGGUCUUCUCGACAGUGUUCUCAUUUUUUUUAAUUCUUCAAUGACAUUUUCUGCCGCGACAGAACUAAAAUCGGCUUUGCACGCCGGCCAUUCUUCCACUCGCAAACUUCAAGGUAGCCGCCAGCAGAUUGCGGCACCUGGUUGGUUCUUAUUUAUUUCUAUCGUUUACUAGCCAAUCACAGUGCUCCAUUCUCUGAGAAAUUUGCAUUCCAUUUUUGCAUUGUGUUUACUAAAAUUUGUAUUGCUGUCAGUCAAGCAGAUGCAAGAAAUUAUUGUUUCAUGUAUACCAUUAGUGUCAUAAAAAGGCGAGAGAAGUGUUUGCGACACUGAACUACACAAAGACGGCGGAUCCGGGAUAAGCUAAUGAGCUUUACCUUCUUCCCCUUCCCUUCCCACCCAUUUGUAUCGAAUAAAAAAAAUUGCUACAGAUCAGGCCGGUAUCUCGCUCCCCGCCCCAUACAUUUUUGGCGUUGGGUAAAUGCAAUAAAACUAUCCCAUUUUUUCUUUAAAAUAUUAAGAUACAUUCUUUGUAUGGCAAAUCCAUUUAUUUUGCUAUGAAAUUCAACAGUCAUAUUGGCCCCUACCCCCGGGCACGUGACAAACGAUCCGACCAUGACAACUAAAAACCCGAAAGAUGCUGGACCAAUGCUCAGGGAGGUGGGGCCGGGGUGCCGUAGGAACGCUUGGAAUUGCAGAGCCAUAAACAGGCAGAAGCUAGUUGAUAUUGAACAAUUCUUGCAAGGACCAUUUGGACAAACAGCGGCGAGGGAAAGCUUGAUCUUAUCGUAGAUCACGAUCAGCAAUAUAAAAUAACACUUAAAAUUGAAGGCAAGGCUGAUCGGAAAGCUAAGGUUUACAAAUUUAUUUGCCCAAUAUUUCGACUAGACAAAACUAGUCUUCACCAGGGGCUGGAAAAGCCAAGUGAGAAUAGAAUAAACGGUCACGGUAUAUAAAAAGAAUUAAAUACAAAAAUAAAAAAUAAAAUGUGAUUUGUGGAGGAAUACAAUGGACAAAAACUUGUAUAAAGAGGUUUAAUACAUAAAAAUAUAUGUCAAUAGAUUAAAUUUCAUCUCUUCUGUUUAUCCCAUAGGGUUCAAGUGGUUUGCCUUUAGAUAUUAAAAAUCCUUCGCGGGCCUUACGGAUACCGUCCCUGUCUGAAUUAAUUAAAGCUAGUUGACAUAGUCUUCGCCAUUUGUCAACCUCAAAAAAAGUGCAGAAAAUAACACAUGCCAUUAUUGCUUUCUUUGACCUCUUCGAGGUGUUCGAUCUGGUCAGUAGAGACGGCCUACCCACCGAAAGUGCAAAGCACGAUCGAUCGAAUCCAGCCAGCACACUUAUAGAAAAGGCCAGUGCUGUUCAACGGUAGUAGCUAGUUCCUCCUAGCGCUACAGUAAUUGCAGCGGGCAGCUGCGUCUUAGCUCACACACUCUUAACAAUUUUCAUUCUGCUCGUGAAACACGCCCUCGGCACUCAGUGCAACAGAGGGAAUCUACCAGCGGACCAGCUCAAAAAGCAGGUUUUUCAAUCUCGCUUGCUUCAGAGCUUAAACAAUGGAACAAAGUGGUUUAACCGUAUAGGGGACGUGUUGUUUGUAGCAACUGUUGCGAACUACACGCUGCAGGAUCCGGAACUGCGGUUUCUGAUGGAUCGCUUUUCCCAGCCGGACUCGGAUUGAUUAUCAGUUUGAGAAAGCCGGCGAGCUUGCUGAAACAGGAUACAUUGGCACCACCAGUCAUCGUCCAUCAGUGACGACUACAUACUCGAUGUCGUCCAUUAACACACAUAGCACUGCACGACCAUAAGUGACAACUUCCCCUUAUACUUGAAGAUCGAAAAGGAGAUCGAUAAAGCAGCUACAACUCUCGCUCGCCUCACGAGUCGUAUCUGAACUAACCCCAAACUGACAAUGAAAAAAAAGGUUGACAAUGUAAAACGCCCGCAUUAUCAACUCGCUACGCGCUAUACAGUAGCGAGACACAGACUACACAUGCCAGACACAUGGGAAGACUCAGCACGAAAUUCCUACCCAGAGAGCAAAAAUAAACGCACUGGACUUAACAAAUACAGCAAGUUACCAUUUUAGAUGAUGUAAGGUCUUUUGCUUGUCUUGUCCCCUUGCCUGACUGACCGGCCAACUGCAAAGGGCCCAUUGUGGAAAUUGGAACUCGCAGGAGCCAUAACCUCAGGUUGUGUCAAGAAAACAAAAUGGAGAACAGUUUACUUUUAUUUAUUGUUCUCCUACGACUACAAGACUUUGGAACACGUGUUCGAUGCAUUUUAGUUGAAAUGAACUAAUAAUUGACAAAUUUUCAACGAGAUUGUCACUAGGCUUCUUUUUGUUAAUCUUGCAUCUUAGGAUUUCUCAAGACUGUUUCAUUCCUUUAUGUAUUUAAUGGUAAAUGUUCGUUCACUUAUGUUGCGAGUCAGUGUUGCUUGUCGUUGUGUUAUUGAAAGUAUUUUAAUUCUUAGUGGUAAAUAAAACUCUUAACAAUAUUUUAACAGAGAUGGGGAAGAAUGGCACAGAUUGCGGCAAAACAUUGCUCCGAAACUCAUGCGCCCAAAAAUUGUGGAGGAAAACAUUCUAAACUUUAAUGCUGUAAGUAAGGACGCUGUAGCAAGGUUUGUCAGACUAAAAGAAGCUUGCGAGUAA